AUGGCACGCUCUUUCAUCCUUUCUACAGCGCUUUUCGCGCUUCAAGCUGUUGCACAAACAUCGUCUCCCUACACCGACGCCAAGACAGGUAUCGACUUCCGCGGAUACACUGAUGCAAAGACCGGCUUCACCUUCGGUAUUGCCCUUCCCGAGAACCCUACCACCGACUUCAUCGCCCAGAUCCAGGCACCUAUCACCAAUGGAGGCGGAUGGGCUGGUUUCAGCAUGGGCCAGUCUAUGACUGGCAACUUGCUCGUCGUUGCAUGGCCCAACGAUGGCGAGGUCGUCUCGUCUUUCAGGAAGGCGACUGGCUACACCAACCCAGCAGUCACUACCGGUGACUUCACCAUGAACCCCAUCCCUGAUGGCACAUACGUCAACGACACUGCCUUCUCGUACACUUUCCUCUGCAAGAACUGCAUCAGCGACGAUGUCGCCACUGGCCUUGUUAUCUACGACUCCCCCAGCACCAACAUCGUCGGCUGGGCUUUCUCUGAUGAUUCUCUUACCGACCCCGCGACUGCUGGCUCUACCCUGACCUACCACACUGCUGGCUUCGGCGCCUUUGGACUGCCCAUGUCCAACGCUACCAGCGCCAACUUCGAGACCUGGGCAGCUAUGGCUGUCGAAGGAAGCUCCGACUCUGGAUCUGGCAACUCGACCCUCCCUAUCAGCGGUGGCAACUCGACCACACCUACCACAGGUAACUCUACAGCUACUGUUGGCAACGCCACAUACGACUACAUUGUUGCUGGUGCGGGAGCCGCUGGAAUCAUUGCUGCUCAGAGAAUCGCUGAAAGCGGUGCCUCCGUCCUGCUGAUUGAGCGUGGAGGCCCCUCUUACGGAUUCACAGGUUACACUGACAACCUGUCCUGGAACGAUACUGUUUCCAUGUACGAUGUUCCCGGUUACGGCUACUACCUUAGCGAUGUUGGCACACCUGCUUAUUGCGACGAUACUGCGGACAUGGCUGGCUGCCUGCUCGGUGGCGGUACUAGCGUCAAUGCCAUGAUGUUUGUUAGGCCCCAGGAUCGUGACUUCGACGACAAGUGGCCUACAGGCUGGAAGUCUACUGACGUCGCUACUGCUGCUGACCGCGUCUGGGAGCGUAAUCCUGGACAGACCUACGGCAGUGAGGACGGCAAGCGCUACAACGACGAGGCUUACGAUGUUCUCUCGAAGUUCUUUGCUUCUCAGGGCUGGACCGAGACCGACUUCAUCAAGGAUCCUAACUCCAAGACAGAUGUCUUCGGUCACCCUCCCUGGAAUGUUGCCAAUGGUCUGCGCUCUGGGCCCGUCAGGACCUACCUUCCCCUUGCCCAGAAGCUUGACAACUUCAAGCUCAUGAUGAACACUAAGGUCAUCCGUGCCGUCCGUAAGGGAUCAUCUAUCUCUGGUAUCGAGAUCGAGACCGCCGACAAGCAGCGAGUCAUUUACAAUGUCAACGCCGGCGGUAGUGUCAUCCUCGCCGCUGGUUCUAUGUCCACUCCCCGCAUCCUCUUCAACUCUGGUAUCGGCCCUACCAAGCAGCUCAAGGUCGUCCAGUCCGGCAGCAGCGGGGUCACCCUCCCCGACGAGGCGGACUGGAUUGACCUUCCGGUUGGUGCUGAGAUCAAGGACCACCCUAUCUUCACUCUCCAGUUCAAGACCAGCACCAACAUGUCCUCCACCGCCGAGACUGUUCUUACUGAGCCUGACCAGACCAAUAUCGACCUAUUCGCCAAGGGCUCCGGUAUCCUGGCUCAGUCUGGUCAGCGUCUCAACUGGUGGUCCUCAGUCACUACCUCCAAGGGCAACGAGAUGUUCUUCCAGGGUACCUGCAACGGACCUUCUGCCAACACUAUUCAGAUGAAGAUCUAUCUUACCCACGGUGCUCAGUCUGUCGGUGAGCUCGGUAUCACUGCUGAUGGUGCCACCGAGUUCAUCACCAACCCCCACAUGACUUCUGAGGAAGACACCGAGGCCUUGACCAUGAUGAUGGACCGUCUUCUUCAGAUGGCCAGUGGCUCCAACUCCACACUCAGUAUCGUUGCCCCUACUGGCGUCACCAACGUCACCGCUGCUGAUUUGAUUAAGACCUUUAAGACAGGCAGCCACUACGUCGGAACUGCUAAGGUCGGGACCAAGGGCGACGAUGGUGUCGUUGUUGAUACUGACACAAAGGUCUACGGUACAGACAACCUUUUCGUUGUUGACGCUUCCAUCCACCCUGACCUACCCACCGGUAACACUCAGGCUAUCGUCAUGGUCGUCGCCGAGGCCGCCGCUGCCAAGAUCCUUGCUCUU